AUGGUACGAGGAGUCGGCCAACUUCUGGGUUUUUCCCGGAAGAGGAUACUAGACGAAACGCCACCGCCAGCGCCCGUGCCAGUGCCAAUUGAUCCUGCGCGCUGCAAGAUGGAGCAGAGGGUACCGCUCGCGAGCGAGAUACUAGAUCACCCGGACUCAAUUAACUCUCAGUUACAAUCCCCUCUCUUCGGAAAGCUCCCCAGAGAGUUGCGCGAUUUGAUUUGGCGCUUCUCUCUAACGCGAUACGAAGAUCUCGACCAACUCUACGAUAUCCAGAAGCCCUAUGCUAGGCCCGGGCAAGCUGCCCCACUACGGGUAGCUGUUCAGCUGCUUCAAACGUGCCGGGCUGUAUACGUCGAAGCCUUUCUUACGCCCUUCCAAGUCAACCCCAUAGUGGUAUUCCACGGCAACAACAACGAUAUUCCUCCGGGUAUCCCGCUGAUGCGCACGACGGAGGAUCAAGUCCUAUGCAGGAAGCUAAGAUUCUGGCAAUUUGCAAAUAUAUCAUCCGUUGAGAUAACACUGCAGCAGGUAAAUUUGGAAGGUGGUGGACUCGAGCGAGUGUCUCGUCUGAUUGGAACGAUAGGUCGGCAUCAUGGGCAUGAGAGUAGAGGCUACGCGGUUACAGGUUACGCGUCUUUUGUGUCGCCUACUGAGCCCGACAGAAGCACUAGCGAGGCCGACUCGAAGGAAGAAUAUAAUAACCAACUAUCAUCUCUACCGAACCCACUUAUCGGUAGAAAAAUUACUCGUUUAUCUAUCCGCAUGUCUCGCACUGACUGGUGGGGUUGGGAGAGUAGACCCGACGAGGGUGACGUAUCUCCUUCGGCGAGACUUCGUUUAGAGCCUAUGAUUAAUGUCACAGACCUCUGGAAGAGGCCUGCCAACUACUUGGCUAUGACGAAAGGGUACGAGGCACGGAAAGCAGGUAACGAGCCUGACUUCCAACUGGACGAUUUUGAAAAGCAGGGGCGCUGGGGCUCUCAGAUACGAGAGUAUUGGCCAGACCUCACAACGCUCGAGCUUGUCUUGGAGACAUUUUCAUGCAAGAAGAAUCAGCUGGAUAAUGUCGUUCAGUGUGCUAAAUUGUGGACGUUUCCACUAGAGGACGGAUUCCACCUUGCGUGGAAUGGUAAAGAAGAACUAAUCCGAUGGCGCGGUGCUCAGUCUUAUAAGUAUGAGCACUAUGACUGGUUUAGGGCCCAUAACGUACCUCAAGCUACCGAAGCGCAGAGUUCAGAAGCGAUUCAAUGGAGGCCCUCUCAACGCAGUAGUCGGAGUGAUAAAAAUAGCCAGGAAUUCAUUAUCCAGACAUUGACUUUUGAACGGAAAAGAGUUGAAGGCUAUACCGAUGCGGACAGAUCUUAA